AUGUCUUCCGCAGAAAACAUCGUAUUAACCGUCAUGUACAUCAUAACGAUGCUGGUAUCAUUAGUCGGGAACAUUCUUCUACUCUACAUCGUGUGGAAGAAACCUGACGUAAGAUCACUGACCAGCUUCAUGUUCGUCAACAUGGCCGUUACGGAUUUACUGGUCACCUUGGUUGUGAUUCCUUACACAGUGUCCGAUUCCUACACUCACGGUGUGUGGCCGAUGACUGGUCUUAUUGGACAAAUCACGUGUAAAGCAGUAAUAUACGCCGCUUUCUUCACAAUAACCACGUCCAUUCUUUGCCUGACAUUUAUGGCGGUUGACAGAUUUUAUGCAGUGGUUUAUCCAUUCCGACGCCUUCUUUGGUUCCGAAAACCCAUAGUCCUCACACCAGUCGUCUGGCUCUUNCUUUGGUUCCGAAAACCCAAAGUCCUCACACCAGUCGUCUGGCUCUUGUCAAUGGCGUUGAUGUCUAUCGCUCCUGUUUUUGUUGUCUUGCAAUGGCAUCCUAAAAAUUCGGAAUAUGUGUGUCAGGUGGACUUUUCAAUUUUGGGAGACAAAUCGAAAGCCAUCCGCGGGGUGUACGUUUACUUUUUCGUCAUCAACUAUUUGCUGCCUGUAAGUAUCAUUUCCGUCCUCUACACCAUUACUGCUCGUAAGUUGUGGUCCCAUGAGGCACCAGGUGAGGGCUUGAACCAAAAUCGGCAACGACAGCAGCAGACCAAGAGAAAGGUUGUCCGAACGCUCAUCAUCGUUUUCACUGCGUUUGCUCUCUGUUGGCUUCCUGGGCAGGUGUUCCAGCUGUAUUUAGCGAUAACGGAAUGGCCCAAGGAUUUACCAAUUGUCACCGCAACCUGCUAUUGGUUUGGCUACAACAACAGCGCCAUUAACCCAUGGUUGUACAUUUGUUUGAACAGCAAGAUCAACCAUGCAUUUUCUACACUGAUUGGUAGGAAAAGACUCAUGGGAAAUCGUUUGUGGAAAACGGGGGUAACAGAUAUGACACUCGCAGAGAUAAAGGAGACAAAACAGACACAUGUGAAUUAG